UUUUUUUAAAAAGCUGCUACAAAUAUUUCUGUACAGAGGUCCUUUACUUUUGGGGAUAUAGAAGUAAUGAUACUUCUGGGUGAAAGAGUUUGAACAGUUUUAUAGUUGGACAUAGUUUCAAAUUGUUCUCCAGAAUGAUUGGAACAGUUCACAAGUCCACCAACAGUGCAUUAGUGUAAUUUUUUCCAUGUCCCCUCCAACAUUUGUCAUUUUUUUCUGUUAUAUCGACUAAUCUGCUAGGUGGGAGGUGGUACCUCAGAGAUGUUUUAAUUUACAUUUCUCUAAUCAAGUAUGAUUUAGAGCAUUUUUUCAUACAAGUAUAGCUUUGAUUUCAUCUGAAAACUGCCUCUGACCAUUUAUCAACUGGAGAAUGAACAAUUAUAUACAUUUCAUUCAGUUUUCUCUAUAUUUGAGAAAUGAGGCCUUUGCCAGCAAAAUGUGCUAACCCACCCACUCCCCUUUCCUGCUUUCCUUCUAAUCUUGGCUGCAUUCUUUGGUUUGUACAAAAACUUUUUAAUUUGAUGUAAUCAAAAUUAUCCAUUUUAUAUCUUGUUCCAAAUGCUUCAUUGGCUAUGGGCCUCUCUAGCCAGAAAAGCUCAUUUUUGUGUUGAAUGUUAACAUUUACAGAUAUACAUAACACAUCCCUACCCAACCCAAAGAAACUCUUGAGUUUUUGCAAACACAAGACUUCAGUAAUAUUCCUUUCAGUGUUUCUACAAGUGAAAAAACUUCUAAAGAUUGUUUUAAAAGAUAUAGUUGGUUUCCUUUACAAUCUUAUAUAUUUUCCUUUAUGCAUUUUAAGUCUUGUCUUUUCUUCAGGAAUGCUUAGAAAUCUAUUUUUUUUUUAAAUAUAAUCCUUACUUUCCAUCUUAGAAUCCAUACUCUAUUGGUUCUAAGGUAGAAGAGUGGUAAGGGCUAGGUAAUGGGGGUUAAGUGACUUGUCCAGGGUCACACAUCUAGGAAGUGUCUGAGGUCAGAUUUGAACCUAGGACCUGGCUCUAAAUCCACGGAGCCACCUAGCUGACCCUUCUAUUUUAUUAAAUGACCAAACUUUCCCCUGAAAAAAUAUAGUCAGUUUUGAUGGACAUGUUAUUCUUGGUUGUAGCCCCACUUCCCCUGCCUUCCAAAAUAUAUUCCAAGCCUUCUGGUCCCUCAGUGGAAGCUGCCAGAUCCUGGGUAAUCCUGACUGGGGUUCCAUGAUAUCUGAAUUGUUUUUUGUUUUGUUUUGUUUUGUUUUUCUGGCUGCUUGCACUAUUUUCUCCUUGUCCUGGGAGCUCUUGAACUUGGCUUUAACAUCCCUGGGAGUAGUCAUUUGCGGAUUUAUUGUAGGAGGUGACCUGUGGAUUCUUUCAAUCUCUAUUUUGCCCUCUUAUUCAAGAAUAUCAGGGGAGUUCUCUUGGGAUAAUUUCUUGAAAUAUGGUAUCUAGGCUUUGACUUUAUGCAUUUUAAAACAUUCUCCAUUGUUCUCUAUAAUAGUUAUCCAGUAUUCUGAGAAGGCUUCAACACACACACACACACACACACAGGUUAAGACCCCCUGCUCCAGGGUUUCCUCUGAGCUCCCUCCAUUCAGAAACAAGAUCAGAUGCUUGCUGAAAACUACUGGGCUUUGGGGUCACACUCCUCUACAUUUCAAGCUCUUCCCUGAGGCCUAUCCUGGGAAGCUCCCCAAGUCAAAGUCUUGCCCCCACACCUGAGGGAAGGCCCCAGGUCCAUUACUACUUGAGGGUACUGUCCAUAGUUGUUCCUUUCCCCCCUGAGCAAAUCUUUCACUUUGUUCUCUGAGCCCUCAUUCAGGGUUCUUGGUGCUUGCUCUUUUCCUCCUCUUCAGAAGAGCCAGGUAGCCUCUUCCCAAUUUUGAUGUCACCAGGAACUUUGGAACGACAUACAUUUUCUGCCAGCUCACCAGAUACCAGCUGGAUAGGGCAUCUCCCUUUGCCCCUGGUGGCAAUGGCCUCACAUCUCCCCCAUCCCUUAAUGCCCCUUCCCACAUUUGACAAUGGCCUCAUGGCUAUAGCCAGGCUCUCUACUGAAAGAACUCAAGCUAGUCAUUCUGCCUCUGGUCCCUGAAUCAACAUCUAUUCUACCCUCCCUAAAAUUGUAUAGGGUAGAGCAGUGGUGGGGAGGCAGACAGUUCCAGCAAAGGCAGUGGAGCACCAGGGACAAACAGCGGAGGGGCCCAGCAAAGGAAAUUAGAGCUGCGGGGUUCGAAUAACGACUCCAGUAGGGAUCCAGUCCGCCCAGGCAGCCCCCGCUGAUGGAGUUGGGCAGCCUGUGGGCCCAGGUCAAGAGCUGGACUGCACGGACCCCCAGGGGCGCUAGAAGUAACAACAAAGAUCUUUCCCUCCGAGAAUACUUUCCCAGUAGCCUCUUUGCGGGCCGCAGGGGAUCCCCCCUACCCUAAUGCAAGCACCCAGCCGGCUGGUAACUCUUGGUAAUAGACUAGAGACGCCCCAGCCACUUCCCCUCUCUGACCCCUCCCUACAGAAGGGGCAGUGAAGAGAAGAGGAAGACUGGGGAGGAGCUGAGCACCGAGGCUUGCCGCCUGGGGGAGAACGGAGCGGAGAGGGACCCUUCAGGUCACUUAGCGAGUCGGAGGCGCUGCCCUCAGCAAGGACCCGCUGUCCUGCGCAGCCUGGGUUUUCAGGGCGCUUCAUAAAUUCCUCUUUCCUAAUUCCGCGCCCUGGCCGCUCUCCAUCCCCCAGCCAGGGACGGUGGGGGCCACGCCCCCGCCCGGUGCGUCCUUCUCCCGUGUUGACAGUUGGCUUGGCUUCCAGAGUCGUUCCUCUUAGCAACAGCUGAGCGAAGCCCGCUUUUCCUAUUGGUCUGUGGGUUUAACCUUUUUUUUUAUUGGUCCGCGUGCCUCAAUCUACCCAAUCAAAGAUAGCCACGGCGACCCAUCUCACUCCACAGACCUAAGUGGGGGCUAGCGAUACAGAUAUUCCUCUGGCGCGAAGACGUUGUUUUGUCCCCCAAAGGGAACGCGCUCGCUGAAACUUUUUCCGUGUUCUUCUUGGUCUUGUAAGCCUCAUUAUCCCUUCUUCCUUCCCUCCUUGAAUUGUCCCAUCUCAGUCCCCUUGGUUGUACACCCCUCUGAAUGGUUCAGUCUGCGUAUUGCGCGUCGGGAGAGGGGGGCCCCCCCCGCUGGUCUUCAAGGGGUAGACUCCUCCUCCUGGCCAUCCGGGUGAUACCACGUGUGAUCUAGGAGACGGGGGACGCCCGGCGCCCCCAGAACCUACGUCCGAUCCCCGAGGCGCCCUUCUGCCUCCCCACCUCCUACCCGCGGCGCCCCAAGUGCCCAUUAAGCUCAGAUCCAGAAAGGGUUCCUCGGUGUCAGUGGCUGACGGGGGCCGGUGCAUUUGGUAUGUCCCAUCCUGCCGCCCCGAGCGGCCGGAAGUGAGGUGUCUGCGGCUCUCACUUCCGGCCCGGAGGGGGUGGGGAGUGUUGUUAACUGGUGGAUCCGCCGCCGCCCCCGUCACGGUCCCCGUCAGCGCUUCCCCGCUGCUCCCCGGGUUAUCGCAGCCGCUUCCUUCGCCGCCGCGGGACCAGCGGGCUCGGGAGCCCUGAGCUCCGUCCCGGUGUCCCGGCCGGGGCCAUGUUCCGCACGGCCGUGAUGAUGGCGGCCAGCCUGGCGCUGACCGGGGCGGUGGUGGCCCACGCCUACUACCUCAAGCACCAGUUCUACCCCACUGUGGUCUACCUGACCAAGUCCAGCCCGAGCAUGGCCGUCCUAUACAUCCAGGCCUUCGUGCUUGUCUUCCUCCUGGGCAAGGUGAUGGGCAAAGUGUUUUUCGGGCAGCUGCGAGCAGCCGAGAUGGAGCACCUCUUGGAGCGCUCCUGGUACGCCGUCACAGAGACCUGUCUGGCCUUCACCGUCUUUCGGGAUGACUUCAGCCCCCGGUUCGUGGCGCUCUUCACCCUCCUCCUCUUCCUCAAGUGUUUCCACUGGCUGGCUGAGGAUCGGGUCGACUUUAUGGAGCGCAGCCCAAACAUCUCCUGGCUCUUUCACUGCCGGAUUGUCUCCCUCAUGCUCCUCCUGGGUGCUCUGGACUUCCUCUUUGUCAAUCACGCCUAUCACAGCAUCCUGACCCGGGGGGCCUCCGUGCAGCUGGUCUUUGGCUUUGAGUACGCCAUCCUGAUGACGAUGGUUCUUACAAUCUUCAUCAAAUAUGUUCUGCACUCAAUCGAUCUCCAGAACGAGAACCCCUGGGACAACAAGGCUGUCUACAUGCUCUACACAGAAUUGUUCACAGGCUUCAUCAAAGUCCUGCUCUACAUGGCCUUCAUGACCAUCAUGAUCAAGGUGCACACCUUCCCACUCUUUGCCAUCCGGCCCAUGUACCUGGCCAUGAGGCAGUUUAAGAAGGCAGUGACGGAUGCGAUCAUGUCUCGCCGGGCCAUCCGAAACAUGAACACACUGUACCCAGAUGCCACUCCCGAGGAGCUCCAGGCCAUGGACAAUGUCUGCAUCAUCUGCAGAGAAGAAAUGGUGACUGGAGCCAAGAGGCUUCCCUGCAACCAUAUCUUCCAUACCAGCUGCCUGCGAUCCUGGUUCCAGCGGCAGCAAACCUGCCCCACCUGCCGAAUGGAUGUCCUGCGAGCUUCACUUCCUGUCCAGUCCCCACCAGCCCCAGAGCCUCCUGAGCAGGGCCCUCCCCCUGCUCCACACCAGCCCCCUAUCAUCCCCCCACCCCCCAACUUUCCCCAAGGCCUCCUGCCUCCAUUUCCUCCUGGGAUGUUCCCCUUGUGGCCUCCCAUGGGCCCCUUUCCUCCUAUGCCUCCCCCCAGCAAUGCAGAUGUCCCUCCUUCCUCACCUUCCACCUCAGCCAAUACCCCUCGGCCCAAUGGGUCUGUCUCUGAGACCGCUCCGGCUCCCGGCUUUCCCUUCCCUCCCCCCUGGAUGGGCAUGCCCCUGCCUCCACCAUUUGGGUUCCCCCCCAUGCCAGUGCCCCCAGCAGGCUUUGCAGGCCUGACUCCUGAGGAGCUGCAGGCCCUGGAGGGCCAUGAGCGGCAGCAUCUGGAAGCUCGACUCCAAAGCCUUCGAAACAUCCACACCCUGCUGGACGCUGCCAUGCUGCAGAUUAACCAGUACCUCACUGUGCUGGCCUCUCUGGGCCCUCCCCGACCUCCUGCUCCUGCCAGUCCUCCUGAGGCAUCUACAAUGGCUGCUGCAGCAUCCUCUUCCAGCAGCAUCCCCAGCUCUGAAGCGACACCCCCCUCCCCAGGAGAGUCCCCACUCCCCCCUGACACAGCACAGCCGCAGCCAGAUACAGAGUCUCUUGGGGCAGAGGAGCUGAGUGAAGAUGGGGAGCCCAACACGGUCGAGCUCCGCCGCCGCCGCCUGCAGAAGCUGGAGUCCCCUGCCUCUCACUGACACUGCCCAGCCUCAUCCCACUCCCCAACCUCGUGUUUUGACUGUGGUGCCCUCGUGCUCGGGUGAGAAGUGGAUCCCACCUCCCACUGCCAAGUGCCGUCUCCCCUCUCACCAGGCUUUGGAAAAGAAUUUGAGGUUCCUGUGACCUCUCCUGGAAGGAAGGAAGGCCUGAGCCCACUCACACCACUUGGGAGCCCUCGAAUCCAAAUCAUGUGGCUUGGGCUGAUUCCUCAUCCCCUAGACUGGACUAGAGGUCUGGUGGGUCAGUCUCCUUGCUGGCCCUUCACCUACCCCCCACAGCCUCCCUUAACUCCAGGCAGAGUUGGGGCUGUUGAGGUCUUUGAGAGCCCAGUUUCCUGUCCUACUUAUUCCCCUCCAUUCAGGGGCCCAGGAAGAGGGUGGACACUGAAGACACAUUCCCUCAGGAGCUGGCAAAAGGCCAGCUCUCAGGGCAGAGGGAGUGUACCCUGUUCCCAACAGUAUUAGCUCUAGCUCCCAGGACGGGGCUCCAGGCGAGCUGGGCUUCAUUGGCCCCUACCUCCAGCGGUCCCUUUCUAGUACUAGUAGCCCCUCCUUCACACUCCCAUCCAUGUCUUGUAGGUGACCCCGUCUCAGGAAAGUUGAGUGCCUCAGCUAGGCUGGGGCAGCCUGCUCAGUAUGGCUGGUGGGCACCUCUGAGGGGCCCUCCAUGCUGCUCCUUGAGACGUCUCCCCCUGACGGGAUGAGAUGUUGGAAGCCCCUGGUCCUCUGGUGUAACAAGACUGAGCCUCCAUUGUCCGUCCAUGGCCAAAAGCUCUCUUUUCUUAUCCCCAAGCUGGGCCAGGACAAAGCCUGUCUCUAAACCAAACAGUCCCCUGAGGGGAAGCGAGCUCAGCUUUCUGAAACUUCUUGAUUGGAGGGGGGAAGGAGGGAUUCCUUGUUGCUGGCUUUGGGCUAAGCCCCAGCCCACAACUUGUUUCAGAUGUAGGCAGCAGCAGCAGCCCCCCCACGGCAGAGAGGGGGAGAUCAAGCCAGGAGCAGGCCUUGCCUCCCCCCUGCUCCUCUUCCUUUGUUCCCUUUGUUUUGUGUGUUACACAAGUUGCUGGAGACAGUUUCAGAUUAUUUAAUUUGUAAAUACUGUACAAAUUUUAAUAGCUUCAAUUGUAUAUACGGCCAAAAUAAAAACUUGCAUUAAA